AUGCCCAAGAGCUUCCAGUUGUUCCUGGCCUUGAUGUUUGCAGUUAAACAAGUCAACAAUGAUCUGGUUCUCCUCCCCAACAUCACUCUUGGCUUUCACAUCUAUGAAAAUCGCCAGACUGAGAGGAAUAGUUCGUUAUUCAGCCUCUCCCUGCUCUCCACACGAGGCCAAAUGGUUCCAGGCUAUAAAUGUGACCGGCAGGACCGUCUGCUCUCUGUCAUUGGAGGUGACAACCCCAAAUCCUCAAUGGUGAUGGCCUCCAUCUUCAGCAUCUUCAAGGUCACACAGCUUCUUCCCUAUUUGAGGACUAUCCACUUCAACAACAGUGCUGGAGAUGAAAUUUCCUUCUCAGAAAAUGGACUAGGAUCUGGAGAGAGGAGAAGAGUUCCAGAGGGCAAGCAAGUUUGCUGCUACCAAUGUGUCCCUUGUCCAGAAGGGAGCAUUUCUAAUCAGACAGAUGCAGCUUCCUGUGACCCCUGCCCAGAAGACCGAUACCCCAACAAGGACAAGGACCACUGCAUUGCCAAGAAGCUCCACUUCCUUUCCUAUCAAGACACCCUGGGAUACAUUUUGGUUUCUCUUGCCCUUUCUCUCUCGGUGAUCACAUCUGCAAUUCUGGCAAUAUUCCUUAAGUAUCGUGACACAUCAAUUGUCAAGGCCAACAACCGAGAUCUCACCUACAUACUCCUGGUUUCUCUCAAGCUCUGCUUCCUCUGCUCCUUCCUCUUUAUUGGUCCACCAGGGAAGCUCACCUGUCUCUUCCAACAAACUGCCUUUGCCAUCCUUUUUUCCCUUGCAGUUUCCUCUGUCUUGGCAAAAACUGUCAUGGUAGUUCUGGCCUUCAUGGCUACCAAGCCAGGCAACAGCACAAGGAAACUCUUAGGAAAACCACUGACCAACUCCAUUGUCUUAGCCUGUCCCCUGGUUCAGACACUUCUUUGUGCCACCUGGCUGGUAACCUCUCCCCCAUUUCCCAACAUGGACUUCCACUCCUUGUUAAGAGAAGCCAUUUUGGAAUGUCAGGAAGGCUCAGUUUCAAUGUUUUAUGGUGUUCUCUCCUACCUGUGGCUUUUGGCCAUUAUCUGUUUCACAGUGGCCUUUCUGGCUAGGAAAUUGCCAGACAGCUUUAAUGAAGCCAAAUUCAUUACUUUCAGCAUGUUGAUCUUUUGCAGUGUUUGGAUCACCUUCCUCCCCACCUAUCUGAGCACCAAAGGGAAGUCCAUGGUGGCUGUGGAGAUCUUCUCUAUCUUGGCCUCUGGUUCUGGUCUCUUAGCUUGCAUCUUUUUCCCCAAAUGCUACAUUAUCCUACUAAGGCCCAAUCUGAAUUGUAAAGAGAAUAUAAUGAGGCAGAAGAAUUGCUGA